AUGAAAAUGUUGGAAAGUUUCCGACCAGGAUUUUUUGCUUUAUUUACCAUUUUCUUUUGUCUUUUAUCGCAGAUUGAUAAUUCCAAAAGCGUCUAUGCGUCGACUCAUCGAGAUGGAUAUCGUGGAUGGUCUACUUGGAGUCUUCAAGCCUACAAAGGAACCGGCUACGGUUUUGAUUGGGCCAAUGAAAAGAAUGUGAAGGCCCAAGCCGACGUGAUGGCAUCUGAGUUUAGUGCGCUUGGAUACGACCGCAUCAACAUAGACUCAGGAUGGGGAGACGCGGUAUUAGAUCGAUUCGGGCGUAUGCAACUGGAUCAUAAAAAGUAUCCAUCUGGUAUCGAGUCGCUCUCGAGAUAUCUGAGCGGAAAAGGUCUCAAGUUAGGACUAUAUUAUUUACCAGGAAUUGAUAGCCGAGCAGUCCGCUCCAAAUCCAGGGUUUUGGCUACAAAUUUCACAGCAAAUGAGAUUGUGAAGUGCGCUGGAAUUCAAAUGAGCUCUCAGAAAACCAAUGUUUCCAGUUGUCAUCGUCCUUACGCAAAUGCCUUCAAGGCGGGAUACGCGUUGAACUACAGUCAUCCAGGUGCGCAGGCAUAUGUUGAUAGUAUCGUCGAUCAACUUUAUUCAUGGAAUGUAAGCUUCGUCAAGCUGGACGGAAACGUCCCUGGUUCAUCGAUUGAGAGUUCCGACAAAGACUUCAAAGCGUGUAACACUAGUCCAGACUUGUUGGCCUGGCGUAGCGCAAUCGAUCGCCUCCACAAAUCUGAAUGGAGGAACAAAGGUCGAGAAAGGAUAUGGUUAACUACUUCUUGGGCUUUACCUCCUAGUGAAGCCGAGAUCCUCCGGGAGACUGUCGAUGCGUGGCGAGUGGCAAUAGAUAUCGAAUCCUAUGGAAAGGAAAUGACAACUUUUGAUCGAGUGAUCCGAAACGCGCGCGCAGCUGCAAGGUGGACGAGCGUAGAGAAAAAUCGAGGCCCAGGACUAUUGGAUAUGGACUCCAUUGUGAUUGCGAAUAUGACCAUAGAAGAGUGUCGCAGCAUGAUCACUAUCUGGGCACUGACGGGAACUCCUUUCUAUCUGGGAGAUGAUCUGAAGCGCCUUCCAAAGGAAAGAAAAGCUUUGAUGCAAAAUCCGGCCGUACUGGAGAUACAACGUCUGUCGUCCCGGAAUCCAGCCAAAUUGAUCGGCUAUCAAGAUUCUACUGAGAAAUCCAAUAUCUUUGAGACGUCUGUGGUGGAUUCGAGUGAUGAAGAUCUUGAAGGCUUGUGUCAAAAGGCGAUAUUUAUUCAAAGCACCCUUCAUUCACCUCAGAGUGAUCCGUGUGGGAGCUGGACAGACAGAAGAAAACUCACGAGUGCAGAAAACUCUUUGAGCGCGGCUGCAACUAAAGAGUGGCAACGCCAAGUUUGGUAUGCUGAGCACCUUGAGACAAAACAAAUUUUCAUCGGUCUUGUCAACGCUGGUCGCCAAAUAUCCACCGAUGUUGCUCAGGAUAUCACUAUAAAUCUUGCCGAUAUAGCAACAUUCAAAGUCCUCAAGAAAGAUACCUAUUUUGUGAAAGACGUCUGGAACCUCGAACGAGAGAUACACAUCCAGUCCAAUCACAUCAUCACUUUAAAUCUGGCCGUUCAUGAAAGCGCCCUUCUGAUUCUAAGUAAAAAUUGA